AUGGCUGCCGCCACCACCACCACCACCACCACGUCUGAAGCCUCACCGAAUUUUCAAAAGCCGGAGCUUUUACCGCUCCACCAACAUCAGCCUCAGCCGGCAGAUUACCGCCCUGAAUUAACCCUGGAGAAGCCACCUCAUGACGGUCUUCAUUUUUGGCAGUUCAUGGUGGCCGGGUCCGUCGCCGGCAUGGUUGAACAUAUGGCCAUGUUCCCUGUAGAUACAGUGAAAACCCAAAUGCAAGCGCUGGGUUCUUGCCCGCUUAAAUCAGCCGGCAUUCGGCAGGCUGUUCAGUCUAUCUUGAAAUCUGAAGGGGCAGCUGGGUUUUACCGUGGGAUUGCCGCCAUGGGUUUAGGCGCGGGGCCGGCACACGCCGUUUAUUUUAGUGUUUAUGAGACCUGCAAGAAAGCUCUUUCCGGCGGCAAAGCUAAUAAUCCCGCGGCGCAUGCGGUGUCCGGGGUUUGUGCCACCGUGGCGAGCGACGCCGUAUUUACACCCAUGGAUAUGGUCAAACAGAGGCUUCAAUUGAGUGGUACCCAUUACACGGGCGUGUGGGAUUGUGUGAAGAGGGUUUUGAAGGAGGAGGGUUUUGGGGCUUUUUAUGCUUCUUAUAGGACUACCGUGCUGAUGAAUGCUCCUUACACGGCAGUGCAUUUUGCCACCUAUGAGGCGUCCAAAAGAGGUUUGAUGGGGAUCUCGCCGGAAAGUGUCAAUGAUGAAGGAUGGGUGGUUCAUGCCACCGCUGGGGCUGCCGCUGGAGCACUAGCUGCAGCAGUCACUACGCCCCUUGAUGUGGUGAAGACUCAGCUACAGUGUCAGGGCGUCUGUGGAUGUGAUAGAUUUGCAUCUGGCUCGAUUCGAGAUGUUUUACAGACAAUAGUAAAGAAGGAUGGAUAUAGGGGUCUAAUGAGGGGAUGGAUGCCAAGGAUGCUCUUCCAUGCUCCUGCAGCUGCUAUUUGCUGGUCUACAUAUGAAGCUGGCAAAUCCUUCUUCCAGGAGGUUAAUGAUGGAAAGAGCAACGAGAGUGUUGGUUGA